AACCGGAAAGAGUAGAGAUCCGCCGCCGCGCUCCGCUCCACCACCGCAAGGAUGAGCUGGCUCAACAAGCUCGGCCUCGGCGCGCGCGACGCCGCCACGGACUCCGCGCCCUCCGCGAUCGCUCAGGGACCCGACGACGACGUGCCCGGCCCGGGCAAGCAGUUCGCUCAGUUCGGGGCGGGUUGUUUCUGGGGCGUCGAAUUGGCGUUCCAGAGGGUGCCUGGGGUUACCAGGACGGAGGUCGGGUACUCCCAGGGCUCCGUCCAUAACCCGACCUAUGAGGAUGUGUGUACCGGUAGCACGAACCAUGCUGAAGUGGUUCGGGUCGAGUACGACCCGAUGGAGUGCGGCUACCAGAACCUGCUUGAUGCCUUCUGGGCUAAACACGACCCGACUACCCGCAAUCGUCAGGGGGGCGACGUGGGCACUCAGUACCGAUCUGGAAUAUACUUCUACACACCCGAACAAGAGAAGUCGGCAAUAGAAUCCAAGGAACAACAACAGAAGAUUCUGAACAGGCCCAUUGUCACCGAGAUAUUGCCAGCCAAGAAAUUCUACCGAGCCGAGGAGUAUCACCAGCAGUACCUUGCAAAGGGAGGCAGGUUCGGUCUCAAGCAAUCUGCCGAAAAAGGAUGCAAUGAUCCAAUCCGUUGCUACGGUUGAGGUAUAUCACACCCGUAUGCGUGUUUAUAUAUAAAUACAUAUUCUCAUGUUUGCAGCUCGGUUUCGAUGGACUCGACUUUGGUGGCAAUUGGUGUCUGAUUUUAAUGGGUUAGUACGAUAUGGAGUGUGUCGGCAUGUAUGUGUGUAUGUGUGUGGAUACAUAAAAAAAUUAUAAUGCAGUGUUGGGAUAGCAAAUGUGUGCGACUUUGGUUGUAUAAAUAAUCCACCACCAAUUUGAAGUGCAUUAUUAAAUGUCUUUUAGAUAUACUUCGUAAAAUUUUUUAUUUUAUUUAUUAGAGACAACGCACAUGAAGGCUCUCAACGUCCCUCACUCAUUUCCACUGCCCUAAAGAGAUUAGAUACUUUGGAAUGAGGGAAAGAUUAAAAAACAAAAAUACUUCAAACUAUGAAGAAAUACUGAAUUACAGACAGUUGAACAGUUCUUAUGGACAAGCAACAAUCGAGCCGUCAACGGAGAAAUGACGACUGAAACGAUAGCUUAACCUCAAAUCGAUCAUUCUACGCCUCUUAAGAAUCACACAAUAUGAUCCAGUGACAAGAAAUUUAAUUUCAACCA